AUGAAGCUAAGAUGUGACCCCUCUCCACACAGCCACUCAACGACCCCCAGAGUCCGGCCACUCACCAACGACCCCCAGAGUCCGACCACUCACCAACGACCCCCAGAGUCCGGCCACUCACCAACGACCCCCAGAGUCCGGCCACUCACCAACGACCCCCAGAGUCCGGCCACUCACCAACGACCCCCAGAGUCCGGCCACUCACCAACGACCCCCAGAGUCCGGCCACUCACCAACGACCCCCAGAGUCCGGCCACUCACCAACGACCCCCAGAGUCCGGCCACUCACCAACGACCCCCAGAGUCCGGCCACUCACCAACGACCCCCAGAGUCCGGCCACUCACCAACGACCCCCAGAGUCCGGCCACUCACCAACGACCCCCAGAGUCCGGCCACUCACCAACGACCCCCAGAGUCCGGCCACUCACCAACGACCCCCAGAGUCCGGCCACUCACCAACGACCCCCAGAGUCCGGCCACUCUCCAACGACCCCCAGAGUCCGGCCACUCACCAACGACCCCCAGAGUCCGGCCACUCACCAACGACCCCCAGAGUCCGGCCACUCUCACCAACGACCCCCAGAGUCCGCCCACUCUCACCAACGACCCUCCAGAGUCCGGCCACUCUCACCAACGACCCCCAGAGUCCGGCCACUCACCAACGACCCCCCAGAGUCCGGCCACUCUCACCAACGACCCCCAGAGUCCGGCCACUCACCAACGACCCCCAGAGUCCGGCCACUCUCACCAACGACCCCCAGAGUCCGGCCACUCUCACCAACGACCCCCAGAGUCCGCCCACUCUCACCAACGACCCCCAGAGUCCGGCCACUCUCACCAACGACCCCCAGUCACCAACCACUCCCCAUAAUUACUGCCCGAAACAAUUUAACAAAUUAAAAAAGGGAGCGCCCAGAAGGCCGAGUUACGCCGCCCCACGAGGGCCUCAGAACAAUGUAAGUGGGAAUAGAUCCUUCGAGAAACCCCACAUGAACUACAAGGAUAAGAACAUUAUAACUAUGUCAACAAGAGCAUUAGCAGACAAUGCUGCUCCUGCCGCUGCUGCUGCCGCUGCCGCCGCUGCUGCUAUCGCCGCUGCUGCUAUCGCCGCUGCUGCUAACGCCGCUACUGCUAUCGCCGCUGCUGCUAUCGCUGCUGCUGCUAUCGCCGCUGCUGCUGCUGCUGCCGCCGCUGCUGCUGCCGUAUUUGCAGUUCCAACUGCUGCUGCUGCUUUUACUGAAGAGAGCGAGAGGGAGGGUGCCAGUGCCGCCUCUGUGGUGGCACUCAGGGACCCGUGA